AUGGUUAUAAUUCAAUUGUAUAAAAUCCUUAAUGUUAGUUAUUCCAUAAAUUUUAUAAAACUUGUGAUGGACCGACUUCUAAUCAGUGUUUAAUUUGCUAUAAUAUUUGAAAUUUUGAAAAAGUUGGAUCAACAUGUAAAUUUCCAAUAGGAUAGGCUUAUAAUAAUGCAAAAAAUAUGUGUUUGUUGUCAUUCAUCUUCCUUAACAUGCUUUAGAACCACAAUUAAUGUUUGUUCAAUAUGUGAUUCUACUUUAAAUAGAAUAUUAAAAGGGUUAAAAUGUCCUUAUCAACCUGGUUAUUAUGAAUCAAGUAAUAUUUGCACAAGUAAAUAGAAUAAUUAUAAUUAUAGAUUGUCCAGAUACUGAAGAUUCAUCGCAAGUCAAAGUUCAAAUAAUUUAAUAGUAAUUAAUAAAUAUGGCAUAUUAUUAUUACUUGUAAUUCUUGAUUUCAAUUAGUAUCUUGAGAGUGUCAACCUAUUUAUGGAGAUACAUCAAUAAAAGGAUAUGA